UUUUUUUUCGCUUGUUUCAUGGUUAGAAACAUAUUUCUUCUUUACUGUUCUAAUACUUGAACAUGGCGGGCGCCAACGCUGAAAGUUUUGGCAACAGGCAGCUGUGGCAGACUAUUGGUGGAGCUGGAUACCUGACACUAAGACCAAAUGAAUAUAUUGAACAAGAAUUAAAAAACCACAGAGAUAAAUUAUCACAAGGAAUUUUAUUUUACAAAAAACAGAGAAGCCCAUCUGAAGAACACUUGAAUAAGAGGAAAGUAAAAUCACCUCAAAAGGAAUUUGUCAUCAGAUUAAGUCAUCUUUUGGGACUUGAUGAACUUCAAAGUCAUGACCUGUUCUGUGCCUAUCUAUUUACUGAAUUCAGAGGAUCACAAAAGGAUAUUGCUAACAUUCUCAGCCAUGAACGCCACUCAGAGACUUUACUGUUGAAAAUUCAAGAGUUUUACUACAGUGAGCGUCUCUAUCUUAUUAGAGCUUUGAGGCACUUGGUCUAUUAUCUGAACAAGCAGCACACUUAUAAGGAUGUCUUCAUUUCAUUUGCAAAAGGAUUGUUGGACAAUAACCAUUUGAGCAAAAAGGUGAUAGCCCAGUUUGAGGAAGUCAGCAGUUCUCCAUUGCCAACCAAAGAAACACAUGGACCACUGAUGACAAGGACACAGGCAUUGAGCUGGGCAUUACAGAAUCUAAAGGAACAAGUGGAACUUUUGGAGCUGUUGGUCAUCUACUACAGUGUGGUUGAGAUGGAUGUCCAGACAUUUUUAGAUCUGUUUGCUAGAUUUAAGAAACACAAUUUUGGUUGGGGUCAAAACUUCAAACAUCUUGUAGAUGGUCAAAUGGACAAGCUUUUCAAAAGAAUUGGCCAUUUGGAGUUAUUGAUACUUAUUGAGGGCUUAGAUCUAUUAGCAGCAGCCAGUCUCAAGAAUGCAACCAACCUGUCUCCACAGUCUCAUAUCAUUUUGUCUGAUAGCAAUGUAAUUGAGAAAGUGGAUGCAGUCUUUUCACAGUUACGUUCAGAGUUAAUCCAUGGACCUCUCCUUCUGUCCUGGUCUAUCCUACAGUACAUCCUUGGGGAGCUGAAUCAAAAUCAGGAUUCUGCCGAAGGAGGGGAAACUGUGAGGUCAUCAAAAGCCUUCAGCAAGUCACGUCAUUAUGGAAAUUUAGCACUGCAGUUAGGGGUGUUAGAUUAUUUACUGGAUCUCUUACAAUCUGAGGCAUUCAUUGGUAAAUCAGAUCUAGCCACAACAGCACAGUAUAUUGUGUAUACAGUGAUAGCUAGUUUAUUGAAUAUGUUCCAUGAGGACUCACUUGGAAAUACAGAGAUACUGUAUAUAAUUGUUUCCAAACUUCUUUCCUGUGAUUUUAUUGCAGAGAUAUUUUGGGACAGGCCAGAGUCAGAAGGAGUGUUCAAUUUGUACCAGUCAGCCAAGAGCAGAUUUCCUGCUGAUUUCAGCUCUUUCAUUCAGUUCAAUAUUUCUCUAGCAAGUACUGGAGACAAAUCUGCAGUGAAGGUGAAAUCUGAACUCUCUUUGUGUAACUUGUACACUGAGCUCCUCGAAAACAGCAGAAGUCAAGACUUAGUUCCUACUUCACAAAAAGGUGUUUUUACACUAGGGAGAAAUAAAUAUCCUUUUCCAAACAGUGACUUCAUGAUAGCAAGUGGAUGUGAAGGAUAUGUGUCAGCCCAGUCAUCCAGUGGCGACAUUAGUACAGAUUGUCAGCUUAUUAGAUGGGAGGCUACAUAUAACGGAUGGCAUUAUCUACUAGGAGAGAUUCAGGAACUUCUGAGACAAGUGUCUCAUGGAGCAGGUGACCUGUAUAUUUCAGGAAUGGUACAAACUGAACAGGUGUUGAAGGUCUCCAUGGUAAUGAGGCUGGUGAAGGAAAUCAUGGCCAGUCACACUUCAUCUGUUCCAGAGUUUUCUGAGAUCACUCAACUAGGUUACCAAAUUCUUUUAAGAUUUGCCGUUCUGAAUCCAGCACCACUAGAAUUACUCAGUCACACCAUUCAGUGUUUGUCUUUAUCUGUUCCAGAUUUUUAUACAGAUGUUUUUCAUCAUCUGAAGCAAACUGGUUUUCUCCCAUUUUUAACCAAAAACAUAAGUAGUUUCAGUGACAUUCAAAGUGGGGAUGGUGUGAACCAGGGAUUGUAUGGCUGUGUGUUAACUGGGACUGAAUGUGCUCAAGGUGUUUACAUUGUCACAUUGGCCACCCUGGAUCUAGUCACUCAGUUAGUACAGUAUUCCUCCAAGCAGGGAACUGAGCAUGAGCAUCUGGCUAGUGUCUUGUUUCUCCUGAGAGAAGUUUUCCCUCGGUAUAAUAAAUGGCGUUUUGUGGAUCAUGAUCAGUAUAAAUGUAUUGGUCAAAAGUGUCUCCAAUUGUUUCAUGGUAUUUUCAAUUUUGCAAACAUUCUAGAACAUCAGAAAGAGCUGAAGCAGCAUCAGCCAAGUGUUCAGGAAGCCUGUGUUUACAGUUUAUUGUUUACUGAUGCUGGGCGAGCGUUGCUAGAAAUCAUAUCCAUUGGGGUGGACAACAUCCAGUCAGCCAUUGCUCAGCAGGCUAGUUUGCUGAAAGGUCUUGGUGUUGACAUGGUGGAACUCAUCCAGAUUGCCUUAUCUCUACUCAACCUAUUGUUGCUUCUCAAACCUCCCAAUCUUGGUGCUUCUCCUGUGGAGCAGGCUCUGUCUUCUCAACCCCCUGGCCGUCAGCACCAGCAUCUGGUGGCCACCAUAGCCCAGUACAUCUUUCAUCGUCACAAUCACAGAUUACCCAAUUUGUCAGUUUUGUUGCUAAAACGGUUGGCCAUGGUUUCACCAAUGUCAAUCCUUGCUUGUCUUGGCAAUGAAGCUGAGUCAAUUAGAGAUAUGUUUCUGACAAGACUACAAGCAGUUUCUGAGGACAUUCAACUGAAAGUUAGCAUCCUAGAGUUCCUGUCUGUAUGUGUUGACACACAACCUGGUCUUCUAGAACUGUUUCUAAAUGUUCAGCAGCCCGAAGACAAAGCUACAGAGAAAACCAAACCCGAUUUGAAAGUUGGACGUAACAGCUGCCUGCCCAUACUGCUGGACUUGAUGGAGGUCAAAAAACAGUGUACUUAUGAAUGUCCACCUGAACUGCUGUGUGCCUGUCUGGACCUUGUUCACUCUCUGUGGCAUGGAAUGAGAGAAACACCCAUGACUGUUCUCAGAGAUAAAGAUAGUUUCUGGCCCAGUGUGUUAGCACCCUUGUUGAAGGACCUCCCAGUUGCAGACAAACAGGCCUUCAAGUUUCAAACAAGACUGCGUGCAUCUGCUUUGAGACUUGCAGCUCUGGAAGUGCAUGCUGUACCUACUUCCCAGCUUAGUAGCAGCUUUAAGAAAAAUCUGGGCUCAACAUUUGCCAAUGAAAGGAUAGUGUACUGGUCAAAUGCUAUUAAAGAUUGCAUUCUUACAGCGGCCAAGGAAACCAAAGCAUUGGAAGCACAUCAUGACCAGACAGUGGCAGACCUCCCAGCUCUUAAUUUGCUCUUAGCAUGGAAGAGUUUCUUGACUACAUUAACAUGUUAUAAGGUCACAGACAUUAAGCUGUCUGACAAGAUAAAAUAUACAAUUCUUCUUGACCUGCUUCAUGGCAUCAAUGCUCAGUUUGAAUCAGGUGAUCCAACGCCUGUGAAGAUGAAACUUGCUUCUAUAGCCAGCGGGCUGUAUUUUACAUUAAUCAAAUCAUGGGGAAAUUUCUCUUACAACAGAGAUAUCAGCCAAUGUGAAGGUUCUCAGGCCAACAAGUCUGCUUCAGAGGAUGUGGUCAGUAGUUUGACUAGUGCCAUUUCAGGCAUCAGAGAAUCUACUGGAGUGGACAUGAUCUUACCAUCUGUACACAUUGGUCUUCUGGGUGCGGUCACCUCUAUACUUCAGCAAUGUGGACCUAAAAUUAUACCUCAACAAUGUGGACCUAAAAUAGACAAUCUGCCAACAUUAAUCAGUGAUCUACUUCCUGUCGUGUGCACUGUGUUUCUACAGAGUUUAUGGCUCCUUCCUUCCCUUGUUGAAAGUAAUGCAGCCAGCUCAGCUAACAAUAGCUCUGAGAUAACAACUAGAUCCAAACAACCAGAAUCCUUUAAUGCUCACAUAAAACUUCAAAUUGUUUGCUGUUGUCUGAUAGUGGAACUGCUUCAGCAGAGUUCAAAUCUUAGCAGCUCAUUGGCUGUCAUCCAAGAGCAUGGUAUUGUGUCUUCUCUCCUGACUACAGCUGAAGCUCUCAUGAAAGCCAAGCAAGGCAUCUCUUUCAUUUAUACUGCUUUCCUGCUAUUGAUAGAGAUCGCCAACACAGAAAUGGGUGCCAAUAUGUUGCUGAAUAGCAACGUGACCUCACACUUAUGUUUAGUUUUGACCACAUGUUACUCCAGUGAGGAUGCUUUUCAACCCAGGAACAUUUUGUCUAAAGCGUUCACCAGCUCACGUUCAUUAACUGUCACCUGGCACUCAUUGUAUUGCCUUAGUCUUGACUUAUUUUCUGUCAUGCUCUAUGUAUUGGGUUUUUCUUUUUUGGAGGAUGCCCUCAAUAUAGUUGGAGUUCACCAGGCCAGGAUGCAGCAGUCUUUGCUAUCUGUAAGUAUGAACAUGAGUAAGUCUGUACUACAAGAGGCACAAGCUACACUGAACUUUAUAAAACAAUUGUGUGUCUAUCAGAAGCAGUGGAGGUUUCACUUACCCAAUGUCAUGGCUAAGUUAAUGGGUGCAUUGAUGGAUUUAGUACAUUCCUAUGUGGCUUUGAUGAUCAGACCCAGGUAUCUACAGCUCCUACUAGAUCAUCACAAAGUACAGGACAGUGCUGGCAAAGCAGAGUCAUUGCUGCAGGCACCAACCUAUCUCCAGCACCAAAGUUCAUUGGAUGAUGUAGAACAACCAACUGGUAAACUGGUGGAUGCACAGAACAGUAUGCUGAAACUGGUUGGCCAGUGUCUUUUCUGUUUGAAAUAUUUCACACCUAGUUUGCCAGAAGUUCUUUGUGACCAGGGUAUUGAUGUGUCUGACUGGGAACCAAUACUAAGUCUUGGCUUUGGAACGCCCUCUUUAGAUGGAGACAGAAAUGGACUGACCUUUGGCACUUUGAUAAACUGUGUUAAUGUGUGUGUUCGACAUCUGGUUAAGAAUGACACUAAGUUAUCACCACAUAGAAGCUCACCUGAGGAUGCCAACUCAUCUCAAGUAUCCAAAAAUGUGGUUCAUCUGGUGUUAGAACUGUCCCUGGAUCUACUCAUGUCUCAAGCAUGCAGGUAUCUGCGGGAUCCAGAACUGGCAGCUAGAGAUUGUCAGUUUCUAAAACGAGAGUUGGGCACAGAAUUGAAUUCCUGUUUGUCUCCACUACAUCGUCAGUUACGUCGGGGUGCUGACAGAUCCUUGUCACUGACACCUCCCCAGCACCAGUCAGGGGUUCCAACCACAACAAGCGCUGGAGUUCUUACUGCCAGCACACAGUCUACUGCCUCUCCAUCAACACCUCAACUCAGCCGGUCAGUUUCUCAAACCCUGACUGGACCCCAAGACCCAUCCUACAUUCGACUGGUCCAGGCAUUUGUACAAAAAGUUUUAAAGUGAUAGAGGGGCUAUAGUAUGUGUCAGUAGCAGCAGAUUCCAUUUUGGGUUUUGCAGCUUUGAAUCUACAAAAUCAGAAGCUCUGAUACUCUGAAACAUACUGCAAACCUUAAAAUAUUUAAAUCUACCAAUCUAAAAUAAACCUUUGAGCAACACUAAACAUUUGUACAGUAAUUAUUUACUUUUCAAGUCUACAGUAUUUAAAACUUAGUACCUGAUCAUGUUACUAAAUAGAUUUGUAAUGCUCAAUUCAAACGGUCAUGGAAACUUCAAGUUUUAUCAAACCAUCAAGAUGUUUAUUUUUUUUUUUUUACUUUACAUCAAGUUCAUUGUAUAUUCUGUUGUACUGAAUGCUGAGAAUGAAAGCUCUGUUUGACUGUAGAAUGGAAUGUCAAUUGGAAUGCCUGUUGAUAUUGUUGUGCUGUAAGCAUUCUUACAGAAAAUAAAAUGUUUGCUACAUAAGACUA